GGUGAAUCGGGUGUGGGUCUGGUCCACCUUUUAACCAGCUACAGCUUUCACUUUUGAUGGUUACUAUUCAGGCCAAAACGGUACUCUAUUGAAAAUUGCCGUUUAUAACUUGGAGGGAAAGCGAAAAAUGUAAAUUUGUAAAAUGGCCAGUCAAUACAAUCGAAGAUUUAGAUUUAUAAUUUGGGUUUCAAUUGUUAUACCCAAAUGAUAAAGUAAUUCAAAUAAUUUAUCAUGUUAACCCAGAUUAAAUCUAUUUAGGUGAAUGAGAACCAGAAAUUGCUACUGCAUAAUAGUGUCUAACCUAAAAAUUCAAGACCAAGUCUAAUGAAAGUCGCAAGGAAAACCUUUUAUUCAUAAGGAAGUAUCCAACCUACAGCGAAAUGUUGAAUAAUUAGAUAAUAAAGGAGCAGACAAUUAAUCACAAAUUGUAUUGACAAAAGCUCCUACGAAAAAUUAAACUGCUAUUUUGGUUGAUUUGAUUAACAAGGAAGUUAAUUGAUUGUGGCAAAAAAGUCAGCCUUGAUUGGCAACAUGUAAAUGUUUGUCAUUUUAAAUAUGGUUAUAAUUAACAAAUUUCAAGUGUAGGCCGAUGUUAUGAUGUAUUAUAAGUAAAUGUAUUGAAAGCAAAAUUAACCAGAGGUCAUUGGGAGUUGACUUGAGUUUACCAUUGAGGGAAAUUGAUAUUAACACAUUUAGCCAAUUUGAUUUUAUGUUGAGUUAAAAGAAGGCGUUCGAAGUACAUUUGUUAGCCUUAUUAUAAUUUGAUGUUAAUAAUAAUUGUGAAGAUGAUGAUGAUAAUGAUGAUUAAACAGCAGCAACCCACAAUUUAGUGAAACAGUUGAAACUGGGAACAAGAAGAGGAAAAAGAAAACAAACAAACAAAAAACAUUUUCACCUGAUCAACGAUCUUAACUCUUUUCUUCCUUCUUUUUUAUCUUCUUUCAGUUUUACAAUUCAUCAUUCAACAUCAUCUAACCAAGGACUCUUCAUCUUGUUGUGCCAACCUUUCAAAUGUUGAUCAUCAAAUUAAUAGUUGAUCAUGAUUUGCUGUUUAGGGUUAACCCAUUUCCUAUUUUUGACUCGUUUUUUUCUCGAUUUACUCCUAAUCUUUCACUUUGACAGGGAUAACUGUCAUUAUUAGUGUUGAAGAUUAAAAGUGUUGAGCAAAAAAAGACGAAAUACGAUGAGCAUCAUUUGUUAAUCUGUCUCUCCAUCGAAAGUUAACCUCUGUUCUAGUAAAUCAGUCUAAUGGGCCAAUCUUGUUCAUCAUGCCUUCGCUCAUUGAUCGAUGGAAGACGUUAUCGUUUUCCGUCUUCCUCUCAUCGUCCUGAGCCUAUCCGUAAAAUGGAUCCUUAUGCGUUAAAUGUGCGAUCAGUGGACCUGUUGGUUGAAAGGAAUACAAAGAAACAUUAUACAGAUUUGUAUGAGACAACUAAACAUCCAUUUGAUGGGAAUCUUGUGGCUCGCCGAGGAUCAUCAUUUCAAAUUAGGAUUUUAUUUGCAAGAGAGACAACAAUUGGUUCUGAUGUGGUUAACCUCAUCUUUAGAGUUGCAGACUCAAAGAGACCCAUGUACAGUGAAGGAACUGAAAUUACAUUACCUGUUGGCGAUGAAAAUAUGAAUGAAAUCAAUCCCUUAUCACGACCAUGGGAAGUCUCCAUACUUUCAUGGGAGACCAAAUCAGCAACUCUUGAGAUUACACCAGCAAUUAACACAAUUAUUGGAGAAUGGAAGUUAUCAAUAGAAACAAGAUCCAUUGUUUCUGGAAGGAACCAUUAUUCAACAUUUCAAGUUCCUGCCAGUAUUUACAUACUUUUUAAUCCUUGGAAUAAAAACGACUUAACUUAUCUCUGGAAUGAUAAAGAAAGAGAAGAGUAUGUUCUUAACGAUUAUGGAAUAAUAUGGAAAGGAACUCAUUCACGAUUAAGGCCGAGUCCAUGGAGUUAUGCACAGUUUGAAGAUAAAAUUUUGGAAUGUUCGAUACUGAUUUUAACCAGCCUUGGUAAUUUACCGAUUUCUGAUCGAGCUAACCCAAUCAAAGUAGUUCGCCAUUUAACUCGAGUAAUUCACAACCACAAUGUAUUUGAUGGUUAUGGUGUUCUCGUAGGGCGUUGGGAUGGUAAAUAUAAAAGUGGAACAGAUCCAACCAAGUGGAUUGGUAGUCGUCCUAUUUUACAAGAAUUUUAUUCAAAUCGUAAACCAGUCAAAUACGCUCAAUGCUGGGUAUUUGCUGGUGUCUUAACCACAGUUUGUCGAUGUCUUGGUAUUCCUGCUCGACCAGUCACAAAUUACGAUUCAGCACAUGAUACCCAGGCUUCUUUGACGGUUGAUGUAAUUGUUGAUGACAAACUUGGCGUUAUCGAUGAAUUAACCAAAGAUUCAGUCUGGAAUUUUCAUGUAUGGACAGAAGUUUGGUUGAAAAGACCUGAUCUAUCUUUUACCGGAGUUUACGAUGGAUGGCAAGUUAUCGAUGCUACACCUCAAGAACCAUCUGACGGUAUUUACCAAUGUGGACCUACAAGUGUCGUUGCAAUCCGCAACGGCGAAAUAACACGAGAUUACGAUGGUCGAUUUGUUUUCGCUGAAGUUAAUGCAGAUGAAGUUUACUGGUUGAGGACUGGAGCUGAAGAGUCUUACAAAUACCUUCAAUCUGACAUUACAAAAAUUGGUAAAAAUCUUUCAACUAAACAAGUUGGAGCCAAUGAUAGAAUCGAUUUAACUUCAAAUUAUAAACACCAAGAAGAGACUCCCGAAGAAAGAGAAAUAAUGAUCAAAGCCUUACACCAAAGUAAUAAUAUUUUCACCAAAUAUUAUUUAAACGCUAAAUUCAGUGAUAUCCGAUUUGAUUUGCAACUUCUCGAUGAUGUAUUAAUUGGUAAACCAUUCAAGGUUCGUUUGAUCGCGGAAAAUAAAAGUGGUCUUGUUUAUACCGUUGAAACCCUUACACGACUUGAUACAGUAUUUGGUGAUGGCAAACGAAACAAGGAAAUUAAAAGAGAUUUGAGCUUAACUAAAAUUCCUCCUCUUUCUGAAGUUGAAAUAGCUAUACCGAUCGAGUAUGAGGAUUAUGAGAAUCAUUUGGUUGAUCAAAAUACCUUUUCUGUUGUCAUGAUUGCCAAAGUGCUGGAAAAUGACUAUCAUUAUGCUGGUAUCGACAAUUUCCGCCUAAGAAUGCCCGAUAUCGAAAUCGAAGUUGUUGGUGACGUAUUCGAGAAAAAGCCUUUCACUUGUCAUGCAUAUUUUAAAAAUCCACUACCAAAGAGACUAAAUAAAGGCAUCUUUUUGAUUGAAGGACCCGGAUUAGUAAAACCAAAUCAGACACUUAAAAUACCAUUGAAAAGAUCUGUAAAAGCGGACGAUUGGGCUCGAGUUACCUUCACCUUGACUCCAACAACAAUUGGAGAGAAAACUAUAAUAGUUAAAUUUUAUUCGAAAGAAUUGAAAGAUAUUGAUGGCUCUCGGAUUGUUCGCGUUUCAAGAGAUACAACUCUAUUUAAUUUAGAUGAAUUGGACGAAAGGUUUCGAAGAACCUGAAAAUGUUGAUUCAUCGAUUAUUACAAAAAGAUUUUUCGUCAUUUAUGUAUUGAAAUUACUUAAGUUAAUUAAUGAUUACUGUGAUAUUAUAAGCCUUCUAAUUGAUUAAUGUAAACAUAAUUACGAUCAUUAUCAUUGUCAUACUCAUCAAUGUAAAAUUAAACAGAGCCAAAUUAAUGGAGGAAAGAAA